GGGGAUCGUCCGGCGCUAUGAUAUUUUUAUUUGGAAAAUUGUAAGAUGUCAAAAAAAUUAGUUAUACUUACAGUAAUGAUAAUUAUUUCCUGAUACCACAGGAAUGCUAGUUGAUUUUUAAAGCUGGUGGUGUGUCCCACGGUAAGGAGAUUUCUGUAACUUGGAGCAAACGUAAAAGCUUUGAUGUGCAGGGUAAUCGUGAUGUGGCAUUUUCAUUUUUGUUUGAUCUUUGUCCUUAACAAGAGAUUGUUUUCAUUUGUUGACAGAAUUCAUUUGUUGAAUUGGUGAGAAUUAAGUCUUCUGGCACCAUGAUUCUACAAAUUGUGGCUGGAGUGGUGGCUUCAUAUGUGGUCUUUUCACUUGUGCUGCUGUUCUUCCCUGGAAUUCUGCACAAGAAGAAGCAGGCGGCAUUUGUAUGCCAGCAUAUCAGUCACAGAGGAGGUGCAGGUGAAGGACCUGAAAAUACAAUUGCUGCAUUUGAACAUGCGGUGGUGGACUGCGGCACCGACAUGCUGGAGCUGGACUGCCACCUGAGCCGCGACGGGCGGGUGGUGGUAGCGCACGACCCGCACCUGCGGCGCGACGGCCAGCCCGAACUGGCCAUCGCCGAGCUGGACUACGCCCAGCUGCCGCCGCUGCUGACGCGCCUACCGCUCGACUUUGCGCCCGGUGAGAGUUUCGACGCGUCGGCGUUCGACGAUCGCUCGCUGCCGCUGCUGUCGGAGGUGUUUGAGCGGUUUCCCGACACACCGAUCAACAUCGACAUCAAGGUGAACCGGGACGAGCUGGUGGCCGCCGUGGGCCGCCUGGUGGCCCAGUACCGCCGCCAGGCCAUCACCGUCUGGGGCAACUUCAGCGCCACCGUCACCAACAAGUGCUACAGACAGGACCCCAGUAUCGGCCUGCUCUGCUCGAUGCCGGCGGUCGUGAAGAUUGUGCUGUCGGCGUACGUGGGCCUGCUGCCGUUCCUACCGCUCAGGGAGACGUUCUUCGAGGUGCCCAUGCCCAGCAUACUGUACCCAAUGGUUAAAGGCAGGUUCGCCAAGUGUAUGGUGUGGCUCGCCGAUAAGCUACUGAUGCGGCCUUUCAUCCUGAACCACCUCAGACGUCGUGGUAUGCAGGUGUACCUGUGGGUGCUGAACUCUGAGGCCGAGUACCGCCGCGCGUUCGGGCUCGGCGCCACGGGCGUGAUGACCGACUACCCGUCCCUGCUGCGGCACUUUCUGCGCGACAACCCGCAGUACGCGGCGCCCGGCCGCCGCCUCAAACAGUGAGCGCCGGCGCGCGGCCGUACUCGAACAGCCCGACUGUGAUAGCGUGUGGCGCGCGCGCGGCCGCGGGCCGUCCGCCGCCGGCCGGCGCACGCAGGCCGCCCAACCGACCGGAGGUGGGGCUCUGGGAUCACCCGCCAUACUGUCAUCGGCUCUCAUGGAGGACUGCGGUCCGGUUACAUUCUAUCGGACAUUAUUUCGGUGUGGACGGACUUGUCAGUCACGUCCUCAUCCGUUUUCUCUGCCUAUCGACUCUUCGAUCCUACACAACCCUGCUUUUACAUUGCUCACUCUUCCCGUUAGUCUCAGCACAGACUAUACUGGGCUAUCUGAGACCCUCUCUGGCAUCCCGGAGCUCUGCCAGGCGGGCGCUCCGCUCGUAAAAUAAUGUUGACCCGUGUUUUGCUACCAUUGACCGCAGGGCUCUUGGUGGACGGUAGCUGCCAAACGGCGUAUGCAAUGCCACUAUCGGGUCCCGCGCGCCCGGCCCAUGGUUAGGUGGAUAGACGGGUCUGUCGUUGGGGGGUUAGUGUAAUUGUAAUUGAUUGAGGUAAUGAGUGUCACUACAAAAGGGGAGUGAUUGCUCGCCCAAAUUACUCUUAUUCCUAUAAUCAUGUUUUAGUUUUUUUCUAGUGAGUUGUGGAUCAUAGCUGGCCUCUAAGGAACUCAUUUGGUCACGCCUGGUACGUUUAUGGUUAUUACACGCGCGACGUGCGCGUAUUUUAAUUCGUACUGUGGUGAACGCGACCACGAGCUCUUAGUUACUCCACUCUCGCUCUCGUGCAUUAUCGGUAACGGCACUAGUCAGUUAUUGUGAAGGUUUAUUGGACGUCGCAUUGCUAUGGUGGCCUUGAUAGGACAUGCCAGAACCACUGGCUGGCUGUAUGCGGGCAGGUUCUCCGAAUGGCUCCUCUCCAAUUAGUAUGUAAUUCAGUAUUCGGUCGGAGAUGGACGAAAAGAACAACUGUUUGCCUCCCUUUGACCCGAUAGGCUGAAGACUGACGAGUCAUACCAAAUAGGCUAGUUCCUAGCGGUUGUUAAGCCCGAUUCUUCCUUUAUGGCAAUUGCUUUUGCCGGCGGCCACGACAGCCCAGUUAUGUGUGGGAACACUACUCAGGCCGGCCCUGGGAUGUAACGGACCCGAGCUUCAGUAUUAGACGUGUCAAUCAGUGACUAUUGAUGGAAUGCGUGUUUUAAUUUCGCGGGCAUGUGAGAGUAGGCGUGAUACUUAUUAUCAGUGAUACAACCCAUCUGGUUACCAAUUUAUAAUCCAUUUUAUGGUUGCUAUGUCCCUUUGAUUGCAUAAUUCGUGAUAACGGCAUAUUUCGACCCAAAGGCUCUCUGCGGUUGCUCCAACAGCCGUGCGGUUGCAUUGGUGGGGCUAGUAUACUUAAGGCUUCAAUAGCUCGACUUCAGUCUCCUUCCAGUUGGUGCCACCCAUCCCAGCUCAAUCCAUCCAGUGUUGUCCAGCCCAUUAUCCAUCCCAGACAUACCCGGCAUGGUGCCAGGUCACUGGCAGGUCACCUCAAUUGAUCGGGUCACACAACCCGCUCGGCGCUCACACUGUCCAGCCGUCCGGCCGCGCUGCCGCCGCGUUCUAUGAACUCAUUUCAGCCGCGAUCUGCUAUAUAGAACGAACCCCACUGUCCUGUGUUGAAUACUGUAGCUCAAAUAGCGUAUCCUUGUUGUCUUCGUUAUAAUGUUUUGUGAUAAAUCCGAAUCGUAGUGAAACUAAUGUGAUCUCUAGUGUUACAUGAUUAUUUAUUUGUUUUGUUUUGUUUUCGUCGGGUGUAGCGAUAUUUACAAGCAGAUGACAUACACUAUGAAAACUCGGUGACCCCGUUGCACUAUUAAUCUGUUUGCCUAUAUUCUGAAGCCGCCGUUGUUAUUGUCGAUGCACGCCUCUCGCGCCAGCGGAGGUCCCGAACCUCCGCCUCCGCUGUCCGGUAACACAUCGGCCCGCAAAUGAACGAGGUCCGGUCUGGUCUGAUUUCCAUCGUCUCACUGAUGUUUGAGCACGCCACGACGGGGUAACAGCGCCACGAUGCACUGAAUACAAACGCCUUUGGAAA